UCUAAUCCCGGAGAAAUAGGAGUGUGGUAGGGUAAUGGUAGUUGAAUUGAAGUUGGGGCUGAUAAAACAACCAAAAAUUGAGGGAAGCAAGCAUGGGAAUCAGUAUGAGUAUGAGUAUGAGUAGGAACGAAGAAGACAAGUCAAAGAAAGGGUUGGAAGCCACUGCCAUAGGUUUACCCACCAACCGCCAUGCCAACCUGAAAAGCGCUUCCGGCGACGACGACUUCACCGACAUCCUCACACACAUCAAAUCCUCCAAAUCUCCAGCUGUUAUCAAUUAUGGCGCUUCUUGGUGUCGUGUUUGUAGCCAAAUUCUCCCUGCAUUCUGCAGACUGAGCAAUGAUUUCCCAAAGCUUUCCUUUAUAUACGCCGACAUUGAUGAGUGCCCGGAAACAACUCAGCACAUUCGAUACACCCCGACCUUCCAAUUUUUCCGAGAUGGUGAAAAGGUAGAUGAAAUGUAUGGCACUGGAGAACAGAGGCUGCGUGAUCGCCUGUGGUUGCACUCUUGAGACAUUUAAGAGAUAAAAUUAUGUUUGCAAUUUUCACAGUAGAUGUAACAUUGUCACUUCAACAUUUCAGUGAAUGAAUGCCAGAUUAGAGCCUAAUUCGUCA